AUGGCAUCUCCCUCUCGCCCGUCACUGCCGCUACGGCGACAGUCUUCCGCACGGAACCUUAAACAGCCCGAACAUGAUGAUUUGGCUAAGUCAUUGAACCAACUAUCCAUCUCCACUUCGCCUCGCCGGCGAGUUCCAACCCGUCUCUCCUCCGCACCAGCUUCCCCCUUCAGACCGACGAGCCGUAUUUCACAGUCACCAGCACCGAAUGCUCGACCUCCGUCCCGUAGCCCGUCCCAGGGCCGUGACCAUUCUUUGGGCACACCGACUCUCCUACGAAAGGCUUCCAUGAAUUCGUUGCGCUCAUCUAACGGCAUCGGACAUGGCACAACAGCCUCGAGACGUUCCAGUGUGGCGCACCUUAUGUCACCAACCCACGGCAAACCCUCUUUAUCGUCCACGCCCGUACUGGAGAAGCCUAGGCCAACUGCUACUUCCAUAGCACGUGAAACCUUGACCGACGAGUUCAACGCCCAUCAUGGCUCUGUUUCUACCCGCCCAACGCAAAUGAUCGUAGUGCUUAACGAUGAUGUCUACGGGCACCGUUUUUCUCGGCCUCGAACCUCCCGUGCAGCUCUCAGUACUAUUGUCGAACGCCCAGAAAGAGUCAAGGCGGCUGUAUUGGGCGUCUCUGCAGCAUAUGUGCGCUUGGGUGGCAGACAUUGUGAAGGUGACUAUCCACUCCAUCAACAGAGAGAGGCAGAAGACCUUGCAAGCAUCCCUUUUCGAAUACACAAGACAGAACGCAGGCUCUCCCUUCUCUCGCCAGCCGUAGUCAAUGUGCAUGGAGCAAAAUGGAUGGAGGAAUUGAAAAUGAUGUGCGAUGCAGCUGAAUCUAAACUUGCAAUGGGAGGAAAGGAGCUGCAGAGGCCACAGAUGAACAGGGGUACCGAAAAGGCCCCUGACAAAUUUCAUGAAGGUGAUCUGUACCUAUGCUCAGAGUCUCUGAACGCCAUGGAAGGUGCUCUAGGAGCUGUUUGCGAGGCGGUUGACACUGUUUUUGGAUCCGGUCCUCGGCGUGCAUUCGUAGGUGUGCGACCUCCGGGUCAUCAUUGUUCAGCUUCGUACCCUUCUGGCUUUUGCUGGGUCAAUAACGUUCAUGUCGGUAUUAUGCAUGCUGCUCUUAAUCACGAGCUUACGCAUGCCGCCAUUAUCGACUUUGAUCUUCAUCACGGUGACGGAUCUCAAGCUAUUACCUGGCAGCACAAUACUCGAGCCAACAAUGCAGCCAAAAACGCUGCGGCAUGGAAGAAGUCGUCGAUUGGCUACUUCAGCUUACACGACAUCAACUCCUAUCCGUGUGAAAUGGGCGAUGAAGAGAAGGUUAGGAGCGCCAGUAUCUGCAUAGACAAUGCCCACGGCCAGACAGUCUGGAACGUCCACCUGGAACCUUGGAAGUCCGAACAAGAGUUUUGGCAACUCUACGAAACCAGAUAUAGUGCCCUCCUGGAUAAGGUUAGAAACUAUCUCAAGAACCAGGCUGAGCGCUUGAAGGAAGCAAACCUCCCCCCUAAGGCCGCCAUCUUCUUUUCUGCUGGAUUCGACGCCAGUGAAUGGGAGGGUGCAGGAAUGCAGCGCCACAAGGUCAAUGUGCCGACCGAGUUCUAUGCCCGUAUUGCCCAGGAUGUUGUCAAACUGGCAGCUCAAGAAGGCCUUCACGUUGACGGCCGAAUUAUCAGUGUGCUGGAAGGCGGCUACAGCGAUCGAGCAUUAUGCUCUGGUGUCAUGAGUCAUCUAAGCGGGCUGGCUGGUGACCAGACAUGCGACCAAGACUUGGGCAACGUGAGCGGUCUUGGUGUUGAGAUGGGCCAGAAGAUUGUCAAUUCCUCUGAAGAUGUGUCACACGAGUUGGGACCAAAGCCAGCUCUGGAUUCUAUUCAUACUUAUGACCCGUCCUGGUGGUCACCCUCACGACUGGAUGAGCUUGAAGUCUUUAUGGAACGUCCAGAAAGCCCUCCCCCAAAACCACAAGCCCCUCUCCCGAGCUACUUCGCUCCGACACAGGCGUCAACUGCUAAAGUCACUGACCCUCUUAAGAUGCGACGUAGUUUGUCCAAUAUUGGUGCGUCUAUGGCAAGGCCUCAGUCGCCGCCUCCUCCAGAGGUCUCCUGGACAGUUGCGACUCGUGAACUGAGCAAACUCCUUGUUCCCUCGACACGGCAGACCGGUAGCUGCAAACCCGAAGAGCUCAACGCAGAGGCAACUCGUGUGAGACGCGAUCGUCAAUCGAUACUGAUGGGCAUUGAUCCUAAACCUCCUCCUGCCCCUGCUCCUGCUUCACGCCCGACGUCCCGCAUGUCUCUACGUGAGAGACGAGCUAAGCCAGCACCUCCUGAGCUAAGUACCGAAAGGACGACCACAAGCCGCAGAAGAACCAUGGGCAACGACACCGUUUCUUCAGACAAGGCGGUGGCUCGCGGUGCCCCUUCAAGGACAAACAGUGAUGAUCCAAAAGUGAGGAGGACUAGUCGACGUCUUAGUGAAAUCCCGAUGUCUCUCGCUUCGAGAAAUGCAUCAGAAGCAUCUAGUACUGAAGAAGCCCCUCCUGAGGCCAUUGAGCAGGCUCGUACAGUUCCCAACUCGCCUGUUGAUACGAUAUCCGCUGCUGGCAGCAAUAUCGAGGCCAAGAAAGUGCGAAGUUCUGCUGUUCCUCGCAAGGAGCCUGCUGCCAAAGCACCUCGUGGUACCAAGAAAGUCACUGCCACUACUGGGUCCUCGCGACCUGCUACAGCUGUUGAGAGAGCCAAGUCACCGCCUAAACCGUCUAGCAAGAAUAGCGCCUCUAGCAAAGCUGGCGAUGGCAUUGAUGGUAUAACUACAGGCAUGAGGAAGAUCCGUAUCAAUUUGAUAACCAAGUCCCAAAAGGAAGCUAAAGAACGGGCUCGUCUUGAAUCAGACAAAGCCAGGGACACUUCCUCUGCAGCUCCUGGCCAGUUUGCGUCUUCCAUCAAUCAACAACCAUCAGGGGGCGCGAACCAUGACUCGAGUACUGUCAUGGUUUCUACCGACUCUUACAACAUCUCCCCUACUCAGCCUGCACCGCUCAGCUCACGUGUUCAUACACCACCUACCACUACAUCCUCUAGCAGUAUCGUGACCCCGUUGCAGGAGCAAGAUCCUUUCGAGUCUACUGCUCCUGCAGCCCAACUCGUCUCUCCAUUAUCGAGCCCCCCUGCUAUUCCUUCUGUUUCAGUCCAUCCCAGCACAGACGCAGACGACGUCUUUAUUCCUUACCAACCCAAGGGCCCUGCACCCGAGCCUGUCGCCCAGCAUGAGCCAUUGAAGUGGCUUCCCCCUAACGUACCUACUCCGUCUUCGCAAACACCGACCGCAACACCAAGUCCUAUUAAAAAGAACAAUCUCUUUCAGUAUACUGCCGGAAUUCCCUUUGCACCACGCCCAGGACAGCAAUCACAGCGUGCUACUGGCGCCAAGUCGUCCGAGUCUGGUAUGAAGCUGGAGUAG